GACGAGGAUGACGAUGAGGCGCUGCCGCAGGGCUUGCUGUGCGGGCCCCCGCAGUGCUACUGCAUCGUGGAGAAGUGGCGGGGCUUUGAGCGCAUCCUGCCAAACAAGACGCGCAUUUUGCGCCUCUGGGCCGCCUGGGGCGACGAGCAAGAGAAUGUACGCUUUGUGCUGGUGCGUAGCGAGGCGUCACUGCCCAACGCGGGUCCCCGCAGUGCCGAGGCACGCGUUGUGCUCAGUCGCGAGCGCCCCUGCUCGGCCCGGGGGGUCCCGGCGCGGCCCAGCCUGGUUAUGACCCAGGAGAAACAGCGGCGGGUGGUGCGCAAGGCCUUCCGAAAGCUGGCCAAGCUUAACCGAAGGCGCCAGCAGCAGCCGUCGUCGCCCUGUUCGUCCACUUCGUCGUCCACCACCUCGUCCUGCUCGUCGUCGCCGAGGGCUACCGAGAGCGCGUCGGUGGAGCGCAUGGAGACGCUGGUGCAUUUGGUACUUUCCCAGGACCACACCAUCCGUCAGCAGGUGCAGCGGCUCCGGGAGCUGGACCGCGAGAUUGAUCGCUACGAGGCCAAGGUGCACCUGGACCGCAUGCGGCGUCAUGGAGUCAACUACGUGCAGGACACUUACUUGGUGGGUGCAGGCAUCGAGCUCGACGGGCCCGGCCCGGGAGAGGAGCCAGAGCCGGCGGAGAUCGCGGAGGCGGCGGCGGCGGCGGCAACGGCAACGCCGCCCCUGGAUGGCGAGACUCAGGCUGUCGCUCUCGAGGAGCUGACCCGGCGCUGCGACGACCUGCUGCGGCUUCAGGAGCAGAGGGCCCGGCAGGAGGAGUUGCUCGAGCGCCUCUCAGCCGAAAUCCAGGAGGAGCUGAACCAGAGGUGGAUGCGGAGGCGCCAGGAGGAGCUCGCGGCGCAGGAAGAGCCUCGGGAGCCGGAUGGCGGCCUGGACGGUGAGCUGCUGCUGGAGCAGGAGCGGGUCAGGACGCAGCUCAGCACCAGCCUCUACAUCGGGCUCCGACUCAACACGGACCUGGAGGCCGUCAAGUCGGACUUGGAUUACAGCCAGCAACAGUGGGACAGCAAGGAGCGCGAGCUACAGGGCCUUCUCCAGACUUUGCACACGUUGGAGCUGACAGUAGCGCCGGAUGGGACUCCGGUCUCAGGCGGACCCUCGCGGGAACCCCGGCCUCAGGCCUCUGCGGAAAUCUGGGUGGACCAGGCCCGCGGACUGGCCAAGAGCUGUCCUGGGAACGACGAGGAUUCGGAUACCGGGCUGAGCUCUAUGCACAGCCAAGACUCGGACUCGAUGCCCGUGUGCGAAUCCCUUGUGUAGGAGCAGCAGGGUGGGAGAGGGUGCUUCUCCCUUCUUGUGGAAAGCACCGGCUUUGCCGGCUCAGGGACUUGAAACCAGGCGACCGGGGUGGGGGUAGGGGUGUUCCUGGAGCUCCUGCCGCUCCUGCCGGGCAGCAGCCCUCUGACUGGGCCUGGGAGGGCUGGGGACGCCUCCCCCGCAGCGGUGCUCCUCUGGCCGCGGAGUGAAUGUGGAGGAGGGUGCGGGACCAGGAAGCCCGGUCUCUUAUUACAAGCUCUUUUAGGGGAAGAAAGGAGGGAGGAGGUAAGAACCCCCUAUACUGGAAAAUAAACGCUCCAGGAAAUUGACGUGGUCCAAGCCCAUUUUCAAAAACAGAAAAAAAGUAUUAUGGAAAUUUCACCAAUCUUCUCUAUGGGAAAGACUGAUGGCAGCUAGAACUUUAGUUUGUGCAGAAAGUGCUUUUUAAAGAAACACUUGGAUGAAAAGGAAAUUCCUUGAAUGUUAAUUGUGACUGUGAACGUGUUAAAACUAGCCAAAGAGGACGCACUGGUGUUGGUCUCAGCCUUCCUUACAUCUUUGAUAAAACCCAUAGGCACCAAAAUCCUGGCUGUUUACAUUUCUACAGAUUCGGGAAUUAUCCAUCUGCUAAACUCUUUGCCUUUUAUUUUCAUUUAAAGACUAACUCCGUAUUUCCUUCUAGAAAAUACAGUGUAUGUUAAAAUAGAGUCCUUUUCCUAAAAAUCAUCUUUUAUUUUUACAAAAGCCAAAUCUAACCCUUUGAGAUAGAAUUGUGGUAGACAUAACCCCUGGUUAAAAUUUAAUCUAGACCCUUUGCGAUUUGCUCCUGCAAAGGUAUGUGUGUUGUCCUUUUAUUCUUAUUGCCAUUUCAUCCCUUCAGUCACUGUUACUUAAGACAAAAAAUAAAAGGGAAAUUGCAGAAUUCAAGUACAACUACAGUGGCUGUUUAAUGAGCACUUGGUUGAAACUAAGCCUUCAAAGCAAGUAUCUUUGUUAGUGUUCAGCUUUUUAACUAAAUAAACUACAUGAUUAAAACCAACAGUGACCUCAACAGAUUUUACCAAACAAACCCAAGUCUAACUUCAGUACCUUUAGUCAGAGAUUAAUUAGUUACUUGUCCAAACUUAAACUGAGAGAUAGUGUAAACAUCAAGGUUUACUAGAUAAGAGCUGAAAAGAAAACAUGAAAUAAAACAAUCUAAUAGUAUACCUUGGGUGAAGAAUUUGGUUAACAACGGCAUGUAGCCGUAGAUAAAAGCAUAUAAAAUUGAGCUAAAGACUUGACUUGAAUUACUCUUGUCUGGCUCACACCUUUGCAGACACCACAGCAUGCAAGUGCAACGCCUUUCUCUUAAUAGCUAGUGACAGAACCCUGUGGGGACUCAAUGUAAUUGUUCCAGUUAUUUCAAUGAAAACUUAUCAGUUGUAGCUAGUUGUUGCCCCGUGGAAGGAGCCUGCUGGCGGUGUUCCCUCCGGAGCUUGGAGCUCAGAACUUCUGAGGAAUGUGGGAUUUAAUCUGUCCUGAGGAGGUAUUAACAAUGGGGUAUGUGUGCCGUGCCAGCCUGGUAUCAACCUAACUGUGCAGGGGUUGGCUCCAGUUUCGACACUACAUGGGAAGAUAACGAAAGAGGUCUUUCUUUACAGAGAAAUUUCUUUCCUUGGAGAGAUUCUCUAUCUGCUCGUUGCCAAGAGGGGCCCGCCCACCUGACCUCCUCAAACCACUUGAGCUUUUUAGAGACCGCCCUCCUCCACCCUCCACCACUGCCAUGCUAUUACAACGUGUAGAUAUUUUCAGAUAUUUCAAGUAAAAUGGGAAUUAAAAGGCCGUUUUCUUAAUUGAUGUUUUCCAAAGACAUUAGCUGGCAUAAUUAUGGUUUUUUAGUUUCGUCUGAUGCAGAAGACAUCUAUGCAUUUGGUCUUGAGCAUGAUUAAAAUGAGGAAGGGACCAAAAGAAACCCACUCUCCCUAGACAAUCAUUUGAUCCCAUAAACACAAAGCCUAAUGAUAGCUUUCUUUUGGAGGCAGAGGUAAAAAUCCUCAUUAGAGUGUGACAAACGCUGCUUGUCUGAAUGGUUUAUGCUGGCGAUGGGCUGACCUGGUGGUUUUAAAAUUAUUGUUCUUUUUUUUUCCCCUCCAGGGUGGUAAGGGAGGUGGUUCUUGGACGUUUAUUAACUCAAAAGAGAACACAGAAGUUGGCAGAACAGGCCUGCCUGGCAGAAAGGGGCUGUUUUCCUUUUCACUAUUAUUUUAAACUUUGACGAGCUGCUGACGUCAGCAAAUAUGCCUGAAGCCUGUAAAGCAAAUAAGCCACAUCACAGGGAGAAGGCCUGCAGGAUUUUCUGGUGCCCUCUUUCCAGAACCUUCCUGUCCUGGCCACCUGAAGAUGCUUCUCCUGUCAGCUCCUCGGGCAGGGAAGGAGGCUUUGUUCAGAACAAAGGGUGGCCCAGUCUGCCUAUGUUUUUUCCUUUCAUCCAAAUCAAUUAUAUCCCCCAAAGGCACUUUCUGUGUGGGUAGGAGAAAGGAGAACAGGGUGGGG